AUGAUUCAACGUCACCGAGGCUACAACGGCUGGAUAUCUCGGUUACAGAAGUACGAUUUACGUUUAGAGCACAUACCUAGGAAGGACUUGGUUAUUGCGGAUACUCUGUCACGGGCACCACUCCAGUCUGUCACAAUCACAACCAUGGAACAAACUCCCAAACAAGCAACUCUGGCUGUGUUGGUAACUGCAUCGUCAAAUGUUCUUGACAGGAUUCGCCGUGCUACAAUAGAAGAUGAGCGUUUGCAGACUGUUAAUGCCUAUUGCCGCAAUGGCUGGCCUCCUAGUCGGCGCCGCUUGAGUCAAGAGCUUCAACCUUACUGGGGUUGCCAUGAUCAGCUCUACUUUGAACAAGGUCUCCUAUGCAGGGGCAUGCGACUUGUCAUCCCUGACAAGUACCGAAAAUACGCCUUCGAUAAACUACAUGUGGGGUAUUGCGGAAUGACAGCAUGUAAGAGCCGUGCCCGAGAGUCCUUGUAUUGGCCGAAUAUGACACAAAACAUUGAGCAGAUGGUCUGUGAGUGCCAGAGCUUCCAGCGACCAAACAGCGAAGAACCCUUGCUAAAAGUACCUCUUUCAAGUCUUCCGCGGCAAAAGCUCGGCAUAGAUUUCUUUCACGUCAGUGGCCAAAGAUAUCUUAUUGUGAUUGACUGUUUCUCAAAGUAUGUGGAGCUGCAGCUCAUGAACACCACCAACAGCCAGGCAGUUGUCAAAGCGCUCAAGAAAGUCUAUGCACGGUUUGGUAUUCCUUUUGAGUUUGUGACAGACAAUGGCCCUCCUUUUGAUUCUGAGGCCUUUGCACAAUUCAACCAGGAUUAG